CUUAAUAUCUUCAUAUAUAUAUAUAUAUACACACACACACACCAUACAUUCCCUGUCCUCUAUUCUGCUUCUACUCAUCACCCAGCUUUAACAAUGCAAGCUCUUUCAUUCUUUGCUGUUUGUGUACUCUUACUUUCAUGUAUUCUUCUAUCUUUCUGUCUCACGGAAGCCCGAAGAUAUCUGUAUUCUGAUUGUAACCCUUCAGCCAAUUACACUUCAGGAAGUGUCUAUGAGCAAAAUCUGAACCUUACCCUCACUUCCCUUGUUUCCAGUGCUUCCCAAAAUGAGUUUUACUCCAGCAUCAGUGUGGGUCAGAACCCUGACACUGUUUACGGCCUUUUCCAAUGCUUUGGCAACUUCUCUGCAGAAGUUUGCCAAAACUGUUCAAAUACAGCUGCUAAAGACAUCAGACAACGCUGUCCCAACCAACAAGAGGCUUCCAUAGCCUACGAGCGUUGUGUGAUACAGUAUUCCAACAGGAGGUUCUUUUCUACUGCCUACAGUACUCCAAGAUAUGCUUUCUGUAAUGUAAACAAUGCAACUGACCCGAUUGUUUUUGAUAGCCAGCUGAGGAAAUUGCUUAAUAAUCUUUCAGUAGAUGCUGAAUCAAUUCCUUCUAGACUUGCUUAUGGAAGCAACAAUUACACAGACUAUAAUAUAAACGGUUUGGUCCAGUGUACCAGAAGUUUAGCUGAAGGGAGCUGCUUGACUUGCCUGGGAGAGCUUAUCAGUUACUUAGGUGUGUGCCGUAAUGUAAAAGUAGGGGCUCAGCUAUAUUCUCUGAGUUGCUAUCUUCGAUAUGAAACAUAUUCGUUCUUUGAGUUACCUCCAUUACAACUUUCACCUCCUCCAUUGCUCGAGCCAAACUUGACUACCCCCGGAAGUACUAAUACAACCAAUCCCACUGGGAAGAAGAAUAAUACAAAAACAAUUGUUAUUGUGGUGAUCACAGUAACAGCAGCCCUAUUAGUGAUACCCUUAAUCUGUACUUACUUAGUGAGGAGAAAUGCCCGGAGAAAAAGAGCUGUGAGUAUUGUUCAUGAAGACGGUUUUGCUCAUGAAGAUGACAAUACUGGUAUGCAGUCACUUGUAAUUGGACUAGGAACAAUUAAAGCUGCAACAGGAAAUUUCUCCAAUGAAUACAAACUUGGAGAAGGGGGUUUUGGUCCAGUUUACAAGGGAAUACUAAAUGAUGGACGAGAAAUAGCCGUGAAAAGGCUGUCAAGUACCUCAGUACAAGGUGUAGAGGAACUAAAAACAGAAGUAAUACUGGUUGCUAAGUUGCUGCAUAGAAAUCUUGUAAGGUUACUAGGAUUCUGCUUGGAAGAAAGUGAGAAGCUACUUGUCUAUGAAUACCUACCUAAUGGGAGCUUGGACAAAAUUUUAUUUGCAAAUGAUGCAGAUGAGGCAAAACAACAUUUCCUGGAAUGGGAAAGACGGUACAAUAUCAUAGUGGGUAUUGCUAGAGGGCUAAUUUAUCUGCAUGAAGAUUCUCAGCUCAGGGUAAUUCAUAGGGAUCUGAAAGCCAGCAACAUCCUCUUAGAUGGAAACAUGAAUCCCAAAAUCUCGGAUUUCGGUCUAGCAAAACUAUUCUGUGGAAGCCAGACUCAAGGCAAUACAAAUAAGAUUUCUGGUACAUUUGGAUAUAUGGCACCUGAGUAUAUUAAAAAUGGCAACUUUUCAACAAAAUCCGAUGUCUAUAGCUUUGGAGUUCUAGUUUUGGAAAUCAUUACAGGUAGAAAAAACUCCAGUUUUCGAAACUUCACAAAUCUUCAAAGCCAUGCAUGGGAACAUUGGAGCAAAGGAACAGCUUUGGAAUUAAUGGACCCAACAAUGGGGGAUGAGUGGCCUAAACAUGAGGCUUUGAAGUGCAUCCACAUAGGUUUGCUAUGUGUUCAGGGAGCUGCUGCUGAUAGGCCCAAAAUGCCAGAGGUUGUUAUGAUGCUUAAUGGCUACACUAUAUCCUCCUCCAUGCCUUCAAGGCCAGCGUUUUUUAUUUCCAAGGAAAGUGAUGAUUCAUUUAUAUGCAAAGGAGAUUGUGGUAGAGAUAUUGGAUCUUAUCAGUCUACUCCAGCAGAAUCAAGUAAAUCUGUUAAUGGGGUUACAAUUACUGAAUUACAUCCUCGAGAUUGAAAUUUUAUAGCUUAAACUCAUAAGAUUUCUAUCUUUAUUAUCCGUGUAUGUAUAUUAAGAUAACAAUAUAUAGCAUUUUCAAAGAGGGUUUGAAA